AUGGGAGUGCCGGAAAAAGUGUUGAAUGUACUAAGCCGACUGAUGGAGGGACGGAAAACAAGGUUAGAGGUCACAGACAAAGGAGAAGUGAGAAUCAGCAGAUGGAUAAACAUCCGGAAAGGGUUCUUACAAGGCGACAGUUAUUCUCCGGUGGGUUUUUGCCUCACGGAAGUACCAAUUGCGAUGAUGCUGGAGGAGACAGAUGGAUACAAGAUGGGACAACCAGGAGAAACAGACCUAAAGAAAACACACUGUCUAUUCAUCGAUUUCAUCGAUGAUCUAAAAGUAUACCAGAAAAACCAUCGAAAACUUGAAAUAGCAAAUGAAAUGAUAGCGAAAGCAAGCAUGGAUACUGGAGCAUGUUAUGGCAUGAAGAAAUGUGCAGAAGCCGUCUGA